UUCUGUGUUCUAACAACAUCUCGUGCAAUCAUGGAUACCCACAUUCUCCUCCGUCAGCUGCUGCGCCAGCCGCAUACCGCGCGCACCCUCCUCAGCUCGGCCACCCGCCCGCAACCGCACACGUUCGCCCUGCUCUCUCCGAAGCACUCGUAUGCGCGACACCUCAGCGUGCCGACCAUCCUGCGACCCGCCUUCUGGAAGUCCAUGAUACCACGCCCAUUGCGAUCCGGCGAAUCACUCUCCUCCACCUCGGAUGUCCCGAGCCGCCAGUGGAACCCUGCUACGCCGUACAUCGUGCUGGCAUUGCUGGUCGGCAGCCAGGCCAUUCAGAUCCUGUGGCUGAAGCAGGAGAGGGCUUUGAUGACGAGGAGGGCCGAGGCCAAGAUGGGCAUACUGAGAGAGGUGGUCGAGCGGGUGCAGCGGGGCGAAGAAGUGGAUGUGGAAGGCAUACUAGGGACCGGGGUGGAAGGGCGGGAGAGGGAGUGGGCUGGAUUGCUGAAAGAGAUUGAGGAUGAGGAACUACUUUUCCAGAGUACGGCGGAGAAGAGGAAGCUGAAGGAGGCCGCAGAGGCUGAGGCACGAGACGAGGCUGCUCAGAGUGCCGGCGAUGCGCACAACUCCCCAGAAGAGGCAAAGUUGAAAGUUGAGUCACUGGGCGGAGCCAAGUUCUAUUAGAGGCAGCCGAGGAGCGGCAGUAGGCGGUAGGGCAGCGGAGUACGACAUAGCUGUGGAAGAAUUCAUCGUCAUGAAGCUACAUCUUCGACCGCGUUUUACUCUUCUCCUCCAUCAACUUCUUCUUCUCCGCGAACCUAUGCAGCGGCGCGUCCUCCACGAAUCUCUCCGCCAACGCAUCAACCGCAUUCACAACUGCAAUCAUCCGUUGGUCCCUCACGCCUACGUUCUGCAGCCUCUUCGUCUCC